CCAUCUUCCUUACUUCUCUCCCUCUCACCCAUAAAAACUUAAAUUCAAUAUUUUUAACAUAAUUUCGAUAAAAAUUUUCUUUUUCAUUUAUAUAUAUUUCUCUAUAUCUCAGAUCUUCUCCACCCUCUUCUCUUUUCCACUGAUCUCUGAAUCAUAUAUAAAACAAGUAUUCUUCUCUUGAAUAAUCGUCACUAGAGUCCAUAUAUGGACCAAGAUGACCAGAAAGAAGAACCAGAAACGGUGUCAUUCGGCAACAGCAAGUGCAAGAGCAAGAUUGCUCCCGGAGAUGAUCACGAUGGAGACGAAAGCAGCGGUGCUAAGAAAAUAAAGAAGAAGAAGAAGAAGAAACCGCAAAAGACAAGAAAACGAGGAGAGCUAAUGUCGUUUAGCGAGCUUCCGGAGUACAUGAAGGAUAACGAAUAUAUAUUGAAUUAUUACAGAGCUGAAUGGUCUAUCAGAGAUGCUUUCUUCAGCGUCUUCAGUUUCCACAAUGAGUCCCUCAACGUUUGGACGCAUUUAAUUGGUUUCAUCUUAUUUGUGGGACUAACCGUCGCCAACAUUAUGCAUCACGAUAAAUUCUUCCCCGUGGAUGCAAAGAAUCCAGGGAAUGCAGCAAGAUGGCCAUUCUUCGUCUUCUUAGGGGGCUCAAUGUUCUGCCUACUCUCGAGCAGCAUUUGCCACCUCUUCUGCUGCCACUCCCAUGACGUUAACGUCUUCCUCCUCCGCAUAGACUAUGCUGGUAUCACCGCCAUGAUCAUCACAUCUUUCUUCCCACCAAUCUACUACAUCUUCCAGUGCACUCCUCGUUGGUACUUCAUCUACCUUGCGGCCAUCACCUCUAUGGGAAUCUUCACGAUCAUCACACUCUUCACUCCAUCACUUUCCUCUCCCAAGUACCGAGGUUUCCGUGCUUUACUCUUUGCCUCCAUGGGGCUCUUCGGAAUCGUGCCAGCUAUCCAUGCGCUUGUGGUCAACUGGGGAAACCCGCAAAGGAACGUGACGCUCUUGUACGAGCUGGGCAUGGCAGUGUUUUAUCUUGUUGGGACCGGGUUCUAUGUAGGGAGAGUGCCUGAGAGGCUUAAACCGGGAUGGUUUGAUCGUGUGGGGCAUAGUCAUCAGAUCUUCCAUGUGUUUGUUUUGUUGGGUGCUUUGUCUCACUAUGCAGCUGCUCUCUUGUUCUUGGAUUGGCGUGACCAUGUUGGUUGUUAAACAUUUAUUUUUGUAAUUAUUUUGAAGAUCAAAAACAAAAUUAAUUUGUCUGUAUCACGUGGAAAAUGUAAUAAUUCCAUUUGUUGUUUAAAUUGAAUUGUAACUCCAUUUGUGGUAUUUAAAUAUAAUAUGGUUUUAUAUA